AUGAGCACAUUCAAAGUCUCUCUCGGCCUUUUGUGCCUCGCCGGCUCUUCGUUUGCUGGCACGGUAACCGACACUGCAUCCGCAUACACCACCACGGCAUACACCAACACUGCACCCACCGCGGGCGCUUCUGGUGCGUCUACCCUGUCCGGAUGGGAUACCACCGCGACAGGAGCGACUACAGGAUGGGGUUCUACUGCCACGGGAGCAACCACAGGAUGGGGCACCACUGUGAAAGGAACUACAAGAGGAUGGGAUACCACUGCUACAGGAGCGACUACAGCAGGGGGUUCUACUGCCACAGGAGCAACGACAGGACGGCCCUUUUUCGGACUUAACUUCUGGAAUUGGAAGGAUACUACUGCUACUGGAGUGACCACAGCGUGGGAUAGCACUGCCACAGGAGCAACGACAGGAUGGGAUAGCACUGCUACUGGAGCGACCACAGGGUGGGAUACCACUGCUACUGGAGCGACCACAGGGUGGGAUACCACUGCUACUGGAGCAACUACAGGAUGGGAUACCACUGCUACUGGAGCGACCACAGGGUGGGAUACCACUGCUACUGGAGCGACCACAGGGUGGGAUACCACUGCUACUGGAGCAACUACAGGAUGGGACACCACUGUGCAAGGCACAACGACAGCAUGGACAACACGGGGAGCGCCCACAGGAUUCACAACCCUUGUGUCUGCGACAUCCGUGACAACUGCAUAG